AUGGAUUCACACAGUCGCUCAUCGCCCUCGCCGCUCUUUGUCCGCCAAAACUCCAACUCUCCACAUCGCCGCGCUCCUCCGCCCAACCCCCGCCUCACUCUACCUCUGCCUGUACCUCUGCCUUCGCUACCGCCUCACUUUCCGAGAGAUGGAUACGACUAUCGCCGACCAGUAUCCUCUAGUCGUUCAAGCACCUCGGCCAACCAUGUGAUCGACUUGACGUCCGACGACGAAUCUACCGCUGCUUCUGCAGUUGCUCCCACACCGCUCCCACAAGCGCAACCACAGCCACGACCCCAACCCAACAUGGCCUCCGUACCCUUGCCACGCUUCGGACGAGAGAUCAUAGACUUGUCUGCAGACACCAGCCCCGUACAGCACACCCAUCCUCAGCAUGCGCGAACAUCAUCAAGUCCCGAGGUCCAGUUCGUCUCGAGCAGACAACGAUCACGCACAGAACAACGUCCCGCACAACCUCCUCCUUUCCUGGAUCCCUACCCCGAACAGCGCCGUCCCGUUCAAGAACUGCUUCUCGACGAUUCGGAAGAUGAUAUCAUCAUUGCAGGUGAACGCAGCGGCGUCAACUUACUGGCUCCGCUUGGUGCACACGGGAGACCGGAGCUCCGCACGCUAGCUCAGAGGAUAUACGAAGGGUCUCGUGUCUCAGGCCCAGUCCGAGCUGCAUAUGCUGCUAUGAUGCGUAUGCCAGACCUCUUUGGGACUGUAAACAACAAUGGCGACAACACCCGUCCUAAUCACAUCUUGGGUAUCGGUGGGCCGGCGUUCAUGAACUAUGAAACUGUUGCUUUCGAUUAUCUGAGAAACGGUGACGAUGUUCAAUUACCCGCACCGAAAUUCGACCCGCCUCCACCCGCGCCAGAAGGAUUUACUAGGGAUCCAACCGAGGAAGACACAAUCGUGUGUCCGAAUUGCGAAGAAGAGCUGGCAGUUGGCGAAAGCGAAGAAAAACGACAAGUUUGGGUGGUCAAGGCAUGCGGUCAUGUCUACUGCGGUACAUGCAUGAACAAUCGCAAGAGGAAGACUAGCACCAAAGGAACCAAAGGAAAAGAGCGGGCAGACGAAGCGGAAUUACCGCCACGCUUCGCACUCUGUAAAGCGGACAACUGCAACCUUCGCGUAUCCCACAAGAGCGACGUGAUGCAGAUCUUCCUUUGA